GCGGGUAUCACUAAAAAAUUUUGACAGCUCAAAAAUGAAAUGGACGCGAUAAUUUCAACUCAAUGCAUUUAGAAAUUCCCAUGCAAAUUUAAGAAAAUCGACCGAUUGUGUGUGUUUUUGUGUUAUAUAAAUUAAAAUGGAUAACUUAAAGCAGUUUAAUGCCAUGGCGUCAGAUGACAAUAACUGGCGAACUCCAAGCUUUCGUCAAGGUGUGGUCACGAAAAUAGAAGAAGUCAUUCAGCGUUCGGGCAUGCAAGUUGCUAGAAACAGCAGUGAGAUGGAGAACCAUGUGUUUACGAAGGCCAAGACACGUGAGGAGUACAUGAAUAUGGUUGCGAAGCUCAUUUUGCAUGUCAGAGAGAUGUCUCAACCAAAACAAAACCAAGGUGCACCAAAUAUGCAGGGACCCAACCAAAACCAGGCAGGGCCUAAUCCACAAGUACAGAACCAGCCUGGCCAGGCCCAACAGGCGCCAAAUAACCAGUCUGGCUUGGCCCCAGAUCCCAUCAACGCCUUACAGAACUUAGCAUCCCAAGGCUCAAGGAACCAGAUGAUGAAUAUGGGGCCUCAGGGCCAGAUGCAGCCUCAAGGGGUUAUGGGACCUAACCCAGGGAUGGGAGGCAUGCAGCCUCAGAUGGGUCAACAAGGCCCGAUUGUGUCGCAAGGGGGCCCACAAGCCCAGACGGCCACGAAUUUGCUGCAAACAUUAACGCAACGGCCUCAGAUGAAUAUGCAGCAACUUCAAAGCAAAAUGGGAGGAGGAAUGGGGAUGGUCCCAAAUCAGGGCCAAAUGGGAAACAACAUGAUCGGAGGCAUGGGUGGCAUGGGGAACCCCAUGGGAAGUCAACUUCAGAACCAACUAGCCGGUCCGGGUAUGCAGGGCCAAAUUAUGCCCAACAUGUCCAUGCAAAACACCAUGUCAGUACCCAUGAGUGGCACUAACACCAUGGGACAACAAAUGGGACAGUGCAAUCAGGUGGUUGGCGGUAUGGGGGGACAGAUGGCGCCAAAUAACAUGCAGGGACAAAUGCCAGGACAAAUGGUGGGUGGUAUGGGCAACAACCAGAACGUGAAUCUAAACAUGCUACACAUGCAAGGGCGGGUGCAGAACAAGCCCGAAGUGGUGGGCGGCAUGCUGGUGGGCGGCUACCCGCAGGUCAGGGCGCCGCCGCCCAGCCAGUUCCUGAGGCGGAGUCCCUCGCCCUCCGCGCCCUCGCCCAACAUGAGCGGGCCUAGUCCUGUGGGGAUGGGCGUGGGCGUGGGCGGCGGCGGGCCGAUGCCGUCUCCUUUGUCCGGGCUGGGCGCGCUGGGCGCGUGCGGUGGCAGCCCGUCGCCCUCGGCGCCGCAGACGCAUCUGCAGCACCACGCGCCACCGCAGAGUACAGCCCGGUCGAGUUGUGGCAGGCAUGACGUCACAUUGACGCUCUGGUACCAGAGUAAAUACAAAUGA